GUGAGGGCGGUGUUAAACACAGUUUGGUCCUCGUGGCUCUCCGUAGACCACGACCUGGGCGUCGGAAAAAUACUUCACUCACUGCCGCUGCGUCGAAAACAAAACACCUCUUCUUCACUCAGAGGGUGCGGAGGUGUCUCUUACAUAAACGGGAAACUUAAUAUAAAAUAUGCAUUCAGUCACGCUGGACAGCAGUGGUUCGCCAAAGAAACGGACGUUAUCUCGGGGGCUGAGCGAGGACGAGUCGCUCCGCAGCAUUAUAAAAGAGACCGAGAGUUCCUCCAGGCGUCUGACACGAAGCGACAGCCGAGCGGGCACCAUGAAGAGGCAGACUGACAGUCAGCAGUCGGAGCAGGACCUCUACAUGGGACUCCCAGAAAUGCUGGAGCUGCAGGCCAGCUAUGAAGAGGUGGUGCAGGAGCUGCGUGGGCUGGAGGUCGAGCGAGAGACUCUGUUGUUCCAGGUGGACGUCCUGCAGGACACGCUGGAGGGUGUAGAGGAGCUGCUGGCGGAGGCCCAGAGGGAAGCUGGACAGGCUAGUCUGGAUUUGGAACGAGAGAGGGAAGCCAAGAGGAAAUCGGAGAGCAUGGUCUGCUCUCUGAUGCAAGAGGUGGAGAGAUUAAAAGAGGAGAGGAAUAACGAGGCUUCUGCUACAGGGAACACACAUGGAAGUGUGGAUGUGGUAACGACACAAGGACACCAAAUGAAAAAGGAUGCAAAGGAAUUGAUGAAAGAGUCCUUGCCGUGUGAACCUCAAAGAAGUGAAAGGCGAGGCAGAGCGUCGGAGAACGGAGGACAGAGUGACAAGGCAGAGGAUGAGGGAGGCGUCCUGACGAAGCCGAGGAAGAUGGUCACUAAGCCCCUCGGCCAGUUGCCGUCUCUUGCAGUGGACGACCCAUCCUCCGGAGACGGCAUCCUGCAGAGGCCUUACGAACACGACGUCAUGGACGGACGAGACCCUUCUCCGGAGAGGAACGACUCGGACAGCAUCAGUGCCUACGAGGAUGCGUCCGCUGAGAUUCCAGAGCAGGACGGGAUGUUUCCGGGUGAAGCAGACACUUUGGAGCUGCCUGAGGAUUCAGAGAAAAGUUCUGCUAACAACUACCUGGUCAAUGAUGAGACAACCCAAGACCCCAAUAAUUCUGAAGCUUGUGUUGUGUCUUAAUCUGGUUUAUCUACUACUGAACAAAAGGGCAGAGGUGAUUGAUUAUUGAUCAUUUGGUGUAAUUCAAGAGCUCUUUGAUCUGCAGUUUACCCACAUCUGAUUUUAAUGUUCUUAAAAAAAACUUUGAGGCCAACCAUAACCAUUUGAAGACGUCACUAUAGGCUCUAGGGAAUCUUUAUGAUAGUUUUACACUAGUUUUUGAAAUAGUUUUUAACAAAAUAGUAAAUCAAUUAUUCAGCAGAUUGCUUUAUAAUUGGUUGUAAUACACUGUAGUAGAACUGCAAGUUUCAGUUUUAAAUUCUCAACAAAGAAACUCAGGAUCCAGGUGGUUUACUCGCUGGAAUUCCACUGCUGACUACUUAAGAUUAUUUGCCAAUAAUUUCUUUUUAUAUCAGUCAUAUCUUUUUUGUAAUUCGUGGAUCGACACGGACAAUAGUCCGUGCCGCUUUGACCGUUUACCUCUUUUAAUAAGGUUUGUUUGUAUACAAACAGCUGCCAGGACACGAAUCAGGAUUUACCUGUGGACUAAACACAGUGAGCUCUGUAUUACAGAGAAACAUUACAUCAGAAACUAGGAAGUUAAAAACUGGCAGUUGUAGAUCAACAGGAAAUCAACGGCAGUUGUUUGAAAGAUUAUAAGAUAAGGAAAAGGGAAAGUGCCAUAUAGUUGCUGCCUUGCUGAUCUUUACAAGAAGAUUAUUUUUUUUUUAACUUUCCAUUUACGUCCCUUUUUCCUGUUUUUAUAUGUUAAAUUUAGGGAAAUUGAUUUGGCUGCAUUUGCACUUUUUAUAGUUCUUGUAUUGUGGCAUCAAAUGUACGACUUCAUUAGAAACAACAUUCCCGUAACAACCAAACAUCAGUGAGAAGUAAGGAGCCGACCUGCUGCAGGCUUCUUCUCUGCUGCAUGGUCAUACUGUAUGUUUGCACAUUUGCUUUCGACUUCUCUGAUUGCUGUAAACACUUUGUAUUUAAUCACAAUUUUUUUUACGUUUGUUUUUAUACAAUGUGAGGUUUCUUUUAUGCUCGAGGCAGGAAUAGACCCGUUUACCUCAUUCGUGAUAGUUUGCAUGAGCACCUAAGAAUGUAUAUUGAUUUCCAAAUUGCACAUGAAUUGAUGUCAUUAAUCAGUACUUUUGCAUGCAGUACACGUAUAUACAAUAAUACUUUGACAUGGUAUUUACUGCGACAAUUGCUAUUUUGAAGGGAUUUUAAUUUUGUUUGCAGAUGAUGUAUCGUUCUGUCAUUUCCUGUUCUUUCAUGGUGUCUCUUUAGCAAAAUCAACACAUUUUCAGUUUUGAUGGAACAAAUCAUGACACUAAUUCUGAUAUCUGAUUCUGUUACACAAAAAAAAAACAAAAGCAGCAAUAUCAAUACAUUUUAAGAUGGGUAGAAUGUUGCUGCAUGAAGCUGCUUAUCAUUUUGUUGGUUUAAGGCAGCGUGGCUCAUUUGCCUUUUUUAUUACUUUAAUCAGUCGCAUUUGAACAUAACGCUGGUUCACUUGCUCGUACCUGAUUAUUUGUUGUGUUGGCUGCUGUGAUGCAUAAAGCCUUCGACACAAACGGCUCAUUACUGCCGUUUGUUCCAUAAAAUAUGCCGAUGGAAGGUUACUGUAGUCCUGUGUGGUGGCGCUGUAGUCAGAUCUUGAGCAACCAAUGUUGGUCAGACUUUUUUUAAAUGAUCAUCCACAAUCAUUGAUUGUUUAUGUUUUCCAUGAUUCAUUCCAUGUUCCUAUUGGUUUCCUGUCAGGUCAAAGGAUUUGGUUUGUUGUAACAAACCAGUAAAGUUACAUCACUGACUUUUAACUGAUAAAACAUAGUUUUGGAUUUUGAACACAGCAGUGGGUUUAUUGACCAUUUAUCAAGUAAUCAAAUUGGUUUUGUUUAAUUUUCCUUAAUGCAAAAAAUCUGUUCUUACUGUAAGUUGAUGUGUUUUAUGGGUCUACAUAUUUGCGUUGUAUGAAAUAUUCAGAUGUAACGGUAAAUACAUUUAUACUUGUAACGGAAAAUACAUUCCAGACAUAUCAAAAUAAAAACAGUGAAUAAUG